CUGGCUUAAGGGAAGCUAAAAUCCACUUCUAUAGAAGUUGAACGGUGUUUCCCCAAUAACAUGUUUAGAAAUCCGCCAUUUUGAAUUCGGGAAUUCUGGGUACGAGCGCAAAAUGGCGAGGAGUUGAAAGAGGCCGUCAAACAAGACUUGACAAGAACCAGAUGUAAUUUUCUCAUGGCUAAAUAAGGGUUCACCAUGGAUUAACCAAGUGAAAGACGAUUUCGAAAUUUUGACAACUUUUAAAUGGCUGACCGUUGGAACUUAAAAUCAAAAUUUGACUAGAAAUAAAAGUGUAUGUGUUUUAUGUUGGAUAUAAUUAGUGGUGUACUGUAGGAACAAAAACAAACAUAAUGAGUAGAAGAAAGCAAGUAAAACCAAUACGGGUAUCUGAUACAGGAUCAAUGGUACUGCCUCCACAAACAACUGUAUUAGAUUUUAGUAAUGGGGGUGCAAAUUUCCAAGAAGAAAAUGGUGUUGAUCAUGAAGGGGAACCAAUGGAUAUGCAUGUUGCAAUUAUAUCAUGUGAAAAAUGUCCCGAAACUUUUCCAUCUGAAGAUGCAUUAAAUGAUCAUGUACGGAAUCAACAUUAUGAACCAAAGAUAUCUCAAGUAGACUUUCCAACAGCAUAUCAUCGUUUGGGAAGUGAAUUACAACAGGAAACUGUUUUCAUACCAAAUGGUCACAAUAACAACAAAGAUGAAUUGCCUACUAAAGUAAAAGAAGUAGAAACACCACCUAAACACCAGAAUGAUUCACAGUCUGAUGCUGGUUUAGACAUGCUCUCUAAAAAUGACAAUAGUAGAAUAUUUCAUCAAGAUGCCUACUGUGAAAUAUGUGACCGUGAAUUCUGUAAUAAGUAUUUCUUGAAAACCCACAAAGCAAAUAAACAUGGUGUAUAUGAAAAUUCACCAUUUUCGUAUGGAAAUACCUCUGGGUUUUCUAAUUUGCCUGUUCCUCUUCCAAUGGUACAUCAGAAGGAAGCCCCUUUGCUUGCACCAAGCAAAAUAGCACCUUCCCCCCCAGCUACACCCAAGGUUGAAGCAAUAAUUCAGUCAAUGAUAAAAGCAGAAACACCAAAAGCGCCACCCCCAGUUACAGUGUUAGCCUCUAGCAAACAACACACAGAAACAACAAGUUCAGCUUCCAAAAACUCUACACAUCCAGAUAUGGAAGACUACUGUGAAAUAUGUCAAAAGCAUUUCUGUAACAAAUACUACCUCAAGAAGCAUAAACAAGAUGUUCAUGGUAUAGUGCCUGAAACUCCAGCCUCAUCAUCCAAACGUAAUCGUUCUAACUUUGACAUCCCAUUUACUUCUUCAGCAACGUCCUCCCCAAUAAUCUUACCUCAUACCAUUGCAAGUAUGGCUAAUAUGGCUGGCUUACCCACUAUGCCCAAUAUGCCUGGUGUUAUGGUAUUGAACCCUUUUAUGCCUCCUGUAGCUAUCAUCCAAGCUCAGUCAUUACUUCCUCAUCAGCAACUUCAUCCACAGUCACUACCACAAGUUUCCCAACCAUUACAGCUGUCACCAAGAACUGAUUCUCAAUCAUCUGCUUGCAAGAUGGCGUCAUCAUCCCAUUCUACACUACUAUCUUCAGCCCAUGCUGAAACAUCCAGAAACAUUGGUAUUCUUAAUGCAGAUGCAUACUGUGAACUAUGCCAUAAGGAAUUCUGCAAUAAACUGUUUCUCAAGAUACAUAAAGCCAGUAAACAUGGCGUCUUUACAGAUGAUGGGAUUGAAAUUCCUCCAGCUUUUCUUCACAUGACGAAAGACUUACCCCUACCCAAAGAGACAAAACAAGAAGUGGAUAUUCCAAAAAGUCCAUCUACUCAAAGUUCAAGCCAAGAAAACUAUAUCACAUACUGUAAGCCAUGCAAUAAGGAGUUUUCUAAUAAGUACUCCUACAAAAUUCACUGCAUGAAUGUACACGGUAUGUUGCAAGAAACUUGUAGUGAUCUUUGUGGAGAACCAAAUGGAUCAGAAGCUAUUGCCCCCAGAAUGGAUAUCCCUGGAUCAGAAGGUUUGUUGAAAGUAGCAAGUGAAGCCCAAGCUGCCAGUAAUAACAGUAACAAUACUAAUGCUUCUACCAUGUUUGGAAAUAUGAUAGCAGCCAAAUUAGCAGAUCGUGUUAUAUGUGAUAUAUGUAACAAAGAACUUUGCAAUAAAUACUUCCUGAAGGCGCAUAAACUUAAAGUGCACGGCAUUGACAUUGGCCUAAGUGAAACUUCUGAAAAGAAAUGUGAGCAAUUUCAAUUUAUCAGUGGAUUAAAACAAUCUGGUAGUUUAAAACAAGAUAUGAAUGAUAUGCCCAUGUUCAUACCAGAAUUAUUUGCCCAGGAAUUAUUAGCCAGAGCACAGAACGCGAAGAAAAUUGACUUAAAUGCAACUCCUCCAUCUGAUAAACCAACAUAUGAAGAGCUGAUGAAGCUUGGAAUUGACCCUGAAGCAUAUUGUGAGAUAUGUAAGAAAGAGUUUUGCAGUAAAUAUUUUCUUAGAACUCACAAGCUAAACAUCCAUGGUAUUAAAUCUGAAAAAUUGGAAUCUGAGAAGGACAGAUCCUACCCACUUAUCCCAAUGAUGCCAGGUCUGCCAAGCCUGCCAAUGAUGCCUGGAUUUCCAUUUGUACCAACAUGUACAUCAUUAUCGAAUAUGCCAUUAUUGACAUCUAAUCUACCAUCUACCCCAUCCAGUAGUAGUUCAAAGAACAAUGUAAAUGAUGGCUAUGAGAAACAUACAUGGCGCUGGAAGGAACCUGUCAAUUCUUCAAGAGUAAUCUGUGAAAUCUGUAACAAGGAAGUUUGUAAUAAAUACUUCUUAAGGACACACAAGUUGAACAAACAUGGUAUUGUACCAAGUGAUAAAUCCCUUUCACCAACAGUGAGUGGUUCCCCUGCUCUUUCCGAUUGUGAUACAGCCAGCAACACUUCCAGCCAACCUGAUCAAAAUAUAGCUGACAAAACCACAUACCAAUCAAAACCAGAAAAUCUUUCAAUGCCAAGAAUUUCUACAUCAAGUGAAAAAUCACAGUCAAAGAUGAUGGAUAUCAAAAAAAAGGAAGAAGAUUUACCAAGCAAUAAAACCCCAGAAAUAUGCCAUCUUUGUGAUAUGCACUUUCAAAAUGGUAAAUGGCUGAAAGCUCACAUAAUGAAAGAUCAUGCUUCUUUUCCUAGGAAUGAAGCCGUUGAUAUGCGACUUCCUUUAAAACAAGCAACAAGUGAUGAAUGUAAAGCAUGUGAAGUGUGUGGUGAUAUAUUUGCCAAUGAAUUAACAUUACAGCUUCAUUUAAUACAGGAACAUAAUGCCAAGGUGACAUUAAAAACUGAUGAUAUACAAAAUGGUGAUAGUGAUCCUGUUUCUUCCAAUUCAGAAGAGGAAGUAGAAGAAAUGAGGAAAUCAUCUGGGACAUUAAAUGAUCAGGUCGAUUAUUCUUGUGUUUUGUGUGAUUACAAGACUAAAUGGUUGUCUAAUCUUGUAGCUCAUGAAGAAAAAAUGCAUAACAUUUUAAACAAUCAAUCUACAAUGUUUUCUUGUAAAUUGUGUCCAAAGUCAUUCCCAGAUGAACUUAUGCUUUCAUAUCAUGUCGAUAAGUAUCACACCGAUGUCAAUAGGUCUAUCUCAGGGAGUCCAACAAGACAAGAACUAAAAAAAUUCAAAUGUACUAUGUGCAGUGAAAGGUUUGGGUCAAGAGUUAUAUGUCACAAACACUUCCAAGAGGUACAUGCCAAAAGUAAGACAUCCAACUCCAGUGUUGCCAAGACAAAGUUGUCAUGCACGAGCUGUCAAUACAGCACUCGAUACCCACAACUGUUGAAAAGACAUAUGCAACGUCUACACAGUAAAUUGAAUGGGAAUGGUAAUGUCGGUACUAAUGAAUUCUCAGAAAGACAGAAGUUUGAAGAUGUGUAUGAUAAUGAUAUGAUGUGCGAUGAUGUUGAAGAAGAAGAUGAUGUUGAUAUGAAAAUGAAGUUGUUUAAGCCAGUAAAUCAGUUCCAGUCACAACUUGAUGAGAAGAGAAUGGUAAAACCUAGAUUUUCACCUUUAACCCAUUGACUGCAUGUUAUCCCCCACGUCUACAAUUUUUACUUUAAGCUUGAGUCAGUAGACAGUUAAGGCCAUGUGUAUUAUAAUUAUAGACGUACUUAAUAAUAUAGAAUCAAGAGGUCAACAUAUUUUGGGGAAUUCUAAACUCAGAUGCAAACUAAUACAUGUAUGUAAGUACAUGUAAGCUUGGUGAUGCUUAGAUACAUGUAGCUGCUAACAUGUGAAAAGUCCAGGGGAAAAACGAUGUAAGUCACAUUUUUGUCUUUUUCGCAUAAAAGGCAAAACAGACUUUUGGACGAGAAUGCUUGACACGAACAGAACGAUGAGUGGGUUUAAUUACAACUUCAAAAUGAUGUUUAAUACGAAUCAUAAUUACCAGUACAACAACUGACUUCCACUUUUGAGCCAAAUUAAGGUCAAAUAAAUUUGAUGGACUUGUAUUUGUCCGGGAGGCCAUUUCAGAAGGGCCUUGGUUCGAUGUGACUCCUAUCGUUUUUACCUGAAGUUGAUUGUUCCACAAAAAACUUAUACAAUUUGCUACCAGAUGGCGCCAUUAACUGGGGUUUGUUGAAAAAGUGACUUAGAUCGUUCGUCCCCGGGACUCUUCAUGUAUAAUAUGCUUUUUAUAUGCAGUCAUCUGUUGAAUAAGUGGUAUAUUGUGCAACUGUGAUAUAUAAUCACUUUCAAAAGUCCAAACAUUUUACAUUUAGCUUUGAAUUAUUUUGCUGUAAAUGUAAAAUUUUGAUUGUAAUGAGCAAAUCAGUGGGGUGCACCAAAUGAUAUUUAAAUUGAUUUUCAUAAGAUUCUUAUCUUCAAUAUCAAUUGGCCUUUCUAUCUGUCUUAAGUGGGCUUUAAGUUCAUUUUACCUCAGGAAAAUAAGUGUGAUUUCUAGGUCUACAAAUAUGAGUGCAAUGUAUAUUAAUGUUAUUAUUUUUACCAUUACCUUAACACAUUUUGUGUUGUGCAUGUUUGAGUACUACUCCCACACAUCUGCAAGUAUUGUUUUGUAAAAAAGACAUUUUAUCCGAGGUUUUGUUAUGUCAAAUGAAAAUCAAAACCUUUAUUUAUUAAAGGACAUGGCCUCUUUGAUCUGGGUUACAAAAUAACAAAGUCAGUUAGAUUAAAUAUAUGUUAAUUGUUUGCGCGAGAUGGAAAUCGUUUACUACAGUCUAAGCAACAAAAAAAACAACAGAAAUAACCAGACCACCAGAUUCAGCCUGAAAUGAAACUCAAACAAUAUACAAUUUGUCCCAUAGUAUGGGACCCAUACCAUAUUUUGACAUAAAUCAAAGAGGUCUUGCUUCUUAAAGUUUGAUUCCAGUAUAUUUUUAUUUCCUUGUAUUAAUAUCAUGAUGCAAUGAGUAUAUAUUUGCAUUGCAUGGAGGCAGCAUAUUUUUCCAUUUGUUUAUUCAUUUCAUAUCUAUUAUAUUUUACCACAUACAUGUUCAUGUAUGUACAUUGUACCAAUUCCUUACAUUAAAAUGAAUCUCAGUAUUACUUCAUCUUGAUCAAAAUCUGAAGGAAUGUUGUUUAAGUUUACAUGUAUAAAUUGUUCAAAUUUACCAUAUUGAUUAUUUCUUCAUUCAAUGUUGGCUUGCUUAUAUGAGAAACUGGACAGAUUAUUUCUUCACAUUCUAUACAUUAAUAUUGACAAAUACAACACAACAAUUUGUCAUAUUUUGUGCUUUAUUUUCAAUGUCAUUCAUCUUAAAUAUAUUAAAGAGGCAGUAGUUUUAGUUUUAGAUACCAUAGCAUUUGGCAUCCCAUUCCCUAGAUAUAUUUUUUAUACGCCCACAUUUUCAUGUGGACGUUUAUUGUUGUCGCCCCCGUCCAUCCGUCCGUCCACAAUUGUUUGUGAACAGUCUACAGGUCACAAUUUUUAUCCGAUUUCAAUGAAACUUGAAAUAUAGGUUUAUCACCCUAAGAUCUCGGUUCCUUUCGAUAUUGCCAUGUAGCGGACCGUAACUUCAUGAAUUAUGGCCCCUGAUUGCACGAAAAAUCAUGUUUUUAGCUUGUGAACACUGUAGAGGUUACAAUUUUUAUCCGAUUUGGUUUAAACCUGAAAUAUGUGCUUAUAACCCAAAGAUCUUGGUUCCUUUCGAUAUUCGUGCAUAUCGGAACGUAACUUCCUGAAUUAUGGCCCCAGAUUGUAUGAAAAAUCGCGUUUUUACCUUGUGGACCCUAUAGAGGUCAUAAUUUUUAUCUGAUUUAAAAAAACGUAUUAUUAUAUCACCGUUACACCCUAAGGAUGAUUGAGUUAGAAUUUCGUGAAAAUCGGCCCAAAACUGACAGACAAAAUGGCCGUCGUUCGUUCUCAAAUAGCGUAAAAAUAUGGUAUAUCAAGGUUGUGGACCCUAUAGAGGUCACAAUUUUUAUCCGAUUUUGUUGAAACUUGAAAUGUAAGUUUAUAACCUAAAGAUCUCAGUUCUUUUCGAUAUUCGCGCAUAUUGGACCGUAACUUCCUGAAUUAUGGCCCCUGAUUGUACGAAAAAUCGCGUUUUUAGCUUGUGGACCCUAUAGAGGUCAUAAUUUUUAUCCGAUUUAAAAAAACGUAUUAUUAUAUCACCGUUACACCCUAAAGACGACCGAGUUCAAAUUUCGUGAAAAUCGGCCCAAAACUGACAGACAAAAUGGCCGCCAUUCGUUCUCAAAUAGCGUAAAAAUAUGGUAUAUCAAGGUUGUGGGCCCUAUAGAGGUCACAAUUUUAUCCGAUUUUGUUGAAACUUGAAAUGUAAGUUUAUAACCCAAAGAUCUCGGUUCCUUUCGAUACUAGCGCAUAUUGGAACGUAACUUCCUGAAUUAUGGCCCCUGAUUGUACGAAAAAUCGCGCUUUUUAGCUUGUGGACCCUAUAGAGGUCAUAAUUUUUAUCUGAUUUAAAAAAACGUAUUAUUAUAUCACCGCUACACCCUGAUUGUACGAAAAAUUGCGUUUUGAGUUUGUGGACCCUAUAGAGGUCAUAAUUUUUAUCCGAUUUAAAACUUGAAAUGUAAGUUUGAAACUUGAAAUGUAAGUUUAUAACCCAAAGAUCUCGGUUCCUUUCGACAUUCGCCCAUAUCGGAUUGUAACUUCCUGAAUUAUGGCCCCUGAUUGUACGAAAAAUCAUGUUUUAGCUUGUGGACCCAUUAGAGAUCAUAAUUUUUAUCCGAUUUAAAAAACUGUAUUAUUAUAUUACCGUUCCACCCUAAGGACAGUUGAGUUUGAAUUUUGUGAAAAUCGCCCCAAAAUUGACAGUCAAAAUGGCCGCCGUUCAUUCUCAAUUAGCGUAAAAAUAUGGUAUAUCAAGGUUGUGGACCCUAUAGAGGUCACAAUUUUUAUCUGAUUUUGUUGAAACUUGAAAUGUAAGUUUAUAAUCCAAAGAUCUCGGUUCCGUUCGAUAUUCGUGCAUAUCGGACCGUAACUUCCUGAAUUAUGGCCCCUGAUUGUACCAAAAAUCGCUUUCUUUUUAGCUUGUUCUCUAUCCAUCUCUCGAAAAUGUGGGCGUAUCCUGCCUGGCAGCCGCUUGUUAUCCGAUUUAAAAAAACGUAUUAUUAUAUCACCGUUACACAUUAAGGAGGGCUGCGUUCGAAUUUCGUGAAAAUCGGCCCAAAACUGACAGACAAUAUGGCUGCCCCUCGUUCUCAAAUUGCGUAAAAAUAUGGUAUAUCAAGGUUGUGGACCCUAUAGAGGUCACAAUUUUUAUCCGAUUUUGUUGAAACUUGAAAUGUAAGUUUAUAAUCCAAAGAUCUCGGUUGACUGCUGGACAUGAUUUGAGGAAAUUACACUUGGGUUAUUUUUAAAACACCUACAUAUAAAUGUGGUUGUAUAUUGUUGUCACCCCUGUCCUUCCAGAGGCUAAUUUUAUAAACAAAAGUGUAUGUAGGUGCAUGACGCAAAAAAGCGUAUUAAUUUUCAGAUAGGCUUAUCAUUUGUUAGAACCAGUACAUAUUUUAUAUAAUAAAUGUUAGCACUAGGAAGAGCUAGAAGUUCAUCAAAUUUUAAUUAUUUUUGAUAACUACAUUUUCUUCAUUUAGUUUCUUGGAAAUGCUCCCAUUGCCUACGGAAGAAUAGAUAUGAGACAACCUUUGCCGACUGCUUGGGCAACUUAGCUGCUGUGGGUGUAUGACUUGUUGUCUGGCAACCUAUCUUUUGAAUGUGAAAUAAAUUAAAUGUACUUCUGCCUCUUUAAAAACUUCAACCUAAAGAUGUAAACUCUAGUAAAUAGUCUGAUAAUUUGGCCACAUUAAGUAAAGCACAAAACUUACGGAAUAUAUUUACAGAAUUCAGUAGAUGCAACCUUUCAGCAAAGGUUCUCCGUAAGAAGCUAGUUAAGACAAGAGAACAGUUGUUGGAACUUGCUACUAUUAAAUUCCUUAAAUAUUGCUCCAUAAAACUUUUGUGUUUUAUAAGCUAGUAUCCCUCACAUGGUUGUCAGCCUUCUUUAAAACCAGUAAACAAAAGACCCCUAUUAAAAAAACAAGACAGGUUUUUAUAUACUUAUUUAUUUGGUUUUGUUUUCUUUUUGUAAGCGUGAUUUAAAACAAAAGUUAUAUAUUAUGGGCAAUAAUGUGAUCCUAUAAAAAUAUGUGUGUGUUUGAUGAGUGAAUUUGGGAUUGUUGUGGUCCUAUAUAUAUAUGAUUUUUACUAUUAAUUAACAUAUAUUACAUUCUAUUUUGUGUGACAAUUUGGUAGAUAAUGGACAGAAGAAUAUAUUAUUAAUCUUCCCUGUAUUUAUGAUAUAUUUUAAAGAUAUAUUUCUAUCCCCCCCCCCCUCUCCCUCCCGCCUCCUUCCCUUUUUGAUUUUCCAAAUGUGUUGACUUUUUCAUGUAUUUAUCUAUUUUAAUGUGUCAAUUUAUGAUGUAUUUUUGAUAUGCACAGUUGCAGAUACUUCCAGAAAUUGCCAAAGUAUGGUCAUUGUGUUUUAUUGGAAAGUUAAAUAACAGAGUGUUAAUAAUUAAGUGUAUAAUGUAUGUUUGUGCAGUUUUUAUUGCUGACCACAUCAAAUACCAUGCAUGAAGAUACUAAUAUAUUCAAUAUAUCCUAUCAUAUAAAAUAUAUUCACAUUCAACAUUAAGAUGUAGAUGAUUUUACUACUAAUUGGACUCUAUGUAAAUAAUCCACAUAAUAGAAUGGAGUAAAGAUUAUAACAACUACACAAAAUAUAAGGUGUUGAUUAUGGGUACUUAGAAAUUAUGGUAUCUUUUAGUUUAAUGUAUGUAUAGCGGUAUAGUUCUGUAUUAUUGUACUUUGUUGUAAUAUCUCUUUAUCUAGUCUUUCCUGGUUAUAGGAACCAGUUGACCAAAGCAUCCCACUUACAAAUACCUCAUUGCUACAGAUCUAUGUACAAAGAUUUCUGUUUCUCCAUCCUUUAAUUGUAUAAUAAAUAGUGAGAAAGAAAACAGGACAAAAAUAUAUAACAAUUAUUUUGCAAAGAUCUGUAGCUUUAUAUCCUUAAAUUAUAUUAUAAACAUUUAUGUAAUAAUUAUUGAUGCUCGCUAUACAUUUACAUACAUAUAUCUGUUUAUUUGAACCAUAUCCUCAUCAUUAAGAGGUUGCUUAUUAUUACAAGUAUAAACUAGUAAUAUAAUCUAUCCACAUAGUUAAUGUAUUGUUAUCUGUUAGAAUAACAUAGCUAUAGCUAUUGUUUUAGUGGGUCAGUGUUUAGAUGCAUAAUAACAAUACAUGUAUACAACUAGUACUGUACAUGUACAUCAUAUACAUACAUACAUAUACACACCCACACACUGGCAAUUAGUAGGUCAGAGAAUACACUUGAUACAUGCAGCCUUCAAUAGUAUACAAUUUAUUUUUGUUCCAUUAUGAUAUUUAGCAUCGAUUAUAUGAUUAAAAGUAUAUUAGAUUUAAUUUUGUUUAACCAAAAUUUUAGAACCCUUUUGUUCAACAGAUUAUAAUCUUUUGUUAUGCCUUGUUUUUGUUAUAUCUCACUUUUAAGUUGAUGUGCCUAUUUACAUGUAGUAUUUAAUCAUUUCUGACUGGAAUACACUAAUAAAAAUUUUUAAGUUUAAUAUUUCUCGAAUGAUAAUUGAGUUUUAUAAAAAAAAUUGUGUAGAAAAUGUAAAGCUUUUUUCAAAAAUAUUUCCUUAAUAGUAAUGAAUGGUAACUUUCUGCCAAAGAUACUAAGCAAUAAUCAUUAUUAAUAAAGAGCAAAAUGUUAUCCUUUUCUUCCUUUACUGUUAUUGAAAUGUUCAUAGAUGAAUAUAUACUAAUGUACAUGUAUAAUAGAUAUCUGUAUAAAUAGAAUCAUUUAUUAAAAAAAAUUUAAUGAGUGAUUGUAUGGUUAUCAAUCAUAAGAGAUAGUAUUUGGUAAAAUAUUGCAUGUGGAUGUAGUUUAUAUAAUGUUAAUGUAUAUGUAAACUGUACUCGUAUCAAUUAGUAUACAUUAUAUUAUAUAAUAAUAAGUAUACUUAGAUAUGAGUAGAUUAAGAAUGUGUAUUCUAAUUCCAUAUCUCAGGUAUUUUCAAUAAUUUGUUCACUAUGUUUUUGUUGGUUGUGUUAUUUAUGACUUAUUUAAUAAUAUGACAGAUUUUUACCCCAGCUUUGCAUUAUUCCUUCAAAUACCUCACUUGGUUUGUUUUUUCUCUAUUUUUAUUAUAAUUUUAUUUCCAUUUAGAAGAAGGCUGCAUGUAAACAAUUUGAUAUAGUGGAAUUGUGUAUAUUUUCCUCUGUGUUUUAUUAUUUCCACAGAGUUUGAAUUCAGGGAUUCUAUUUCUUAUCUUGUAUAUCAUCUUCUGUGUGGUUUAUUGAUUGUGAGCUGAUUAUAAAAGAUAAACCAGAUAAUAUAUUUAUUUAUUUUGUGUAUACAUCAACCUACAUUUUACUGGAUGUUUGUUCCAUGUUGAAACAGCAUCUCUUGUCCAGGACAGGUCUUAACUAAUGUCCCUUCUAUGUCUGUAAUAAUCAUUACUAUUAGCAAACAAUGCCAACAUUUUAUUUGUAAAUAUAUAGUUAUUGUUAUUUAUUUUACCUUUAAAUUUAGUACAAAAUCCAGCUUUGAAUUGACUGUAAAAUCAUUGUAGGUCUAUAAUGAAAAGUAGAUAAAGAAAUAAAGUAGAAAACAUGUAUAUGCAUGUACACAUAAAUGUGGGUUUGUUUUUUAAAUAUGUGAUUAAUGGAAAAAUGACCUGAAGGCACUAUAACAUUCGUUUGUCAUCUCACAUAUAAAAAAUGAUCUUGAAGAUUAAACAUAAAACAUUUCUACAGCAUAAAUUAAGAUAUUUUACCUUUUAAAAGACAUUUCACCUUGUGAUAGAGCUCUUGUGCUAAGGUGAAAGAAAAAUUGUAUACAAACUUGUCUAAAUUGUUAUGCAUUAUAUAUUAAGUACCUUUUAGGGUUAUGGGCAUGAAUGCUCUGUUCAAAAUCACUGAAUUGCAUUAUGUUGAUAAAUUCAAAAGCGAGAAAGUGUUGAUUCAUAUAAAACUACAAUGGUCACUAUUCCACAAAGAUAUUCAAAGCUGGAUUUUGACAACCAAUUCAACAGACAGUUUCAUUUUGUUGUGUAUAUUUAUUGAAUAUAUUUAUUGUACAAAUUUCUAUAACAGACCUUUUUAAGAUGAGAAUUUACACAGUGAUAUUUUUUUUAUUUAUUUAUAAGAAAGGAAAAACCAAACUUACUAAUUGUUUAAUUUGGCACAAUAUCAGUACUUACUUGAAACCAGUUGUUCAUUUCUAUAGGCCCACAUGGAAAUGUGGACGUAUAUUGCCGUCGCAGCUGUCUGUCCGUCUGUCUGUCGGUCCGUUCUUGUGAAUGCUCUAAAGCCAAAAGUUAUCAUCCGAUUGUUUUAAAAUUGAUAUAUGUUGUUGACAUUAGUGAGAUAAAGAAGCCUAUUUAAUUUCAAUAAUUUCCAUUUAUUACGUCUAGAGUUUAUGGCCCUUGUUUCACUUUGUUGGACCGUGUGAACACUCUAACAUCUAAAGUUAUAAUCCGAUCUUUGUGAAAUUUAUAUGUCAUUUAAAUUAGUAAAAAAAAGAAUCGUAUUGAAUUUCAGCAAUUUCCCUUUAUUACUUCUAGAGUUAUAGCCCUUGUUUCACUUUGUUACACCUUGUGAACGCUCUAACAUCAAAAGUUAUCUACCGAUCUGUAUGUAAUUUAUAUGCAGCAUUUAAAUUAGUAAAAAGAAGAAUACUAUUGAAUUUCAGCAAGUUCCGUUUAUUAUUACUAGAGUUAUGGCCCUUGUUUUACUUUGUGAACCUUGUGACAAAAGUUAUCAUCCGAUCUGUAUGUAAUUUAUAUGCAUUAUUUAAAUUAGUAAAACGAAAAAGCCUGUCAAAUUAUACAAUUUUCUGUAAAUUACUUCCAGAGUUAAGGCCUUUGUUUCAGUUUGUAGAACCUUGUGAACCCUCAAACGACAAAAAUUAUAAUCUGAUCUGUAUGAAAUUAUCUUGUAAAUGCCCCCAAUUACCUACAAAAGAAUAAAUAUGCGUUGACCCUUGCCAACCACUCGGACAAUUUAGCUGCUGUGGGCGUACGUUUCGUUGCCUGGCAACCUAUCUUUAUUACUUGUACUAAAUAUUUUAAGGUCUUCUGAAAUAACUACCAAACUCACUAAAUUUAUUUGAUAUUUGAUCAGUACUGUUUAAUGUUCAGAGCUGUUAAAUGUAAAAUAUUGCAACAUGUAUGAUAAAAGAUAUCAAUUUCAUUUGGUUUCCUCUCUGUUCAAAUUAAUAAAGCAGACAGCAGCUACAAAAUUUUAGAGUUCUUUUGAAAGAUUUCCUACACAAUGUGCCAUUAAGACUGACUGGUUUAUUUCUGUUUUCUUGUUUCAAACUCCUAUCUUAUAUCCUUGUCGAUAUUGAUUAAUUUAAAUUUAGGCACUUUGUAGUCAGUCACAAGAUAAACCAUUGAUUAGCAUUGUUGAAAACAAUCAACACCAAUUGUUCAGCGGAAAUUAAAAUUUCAAUAGAAGAUCAUUAUCAUUGAUAUGGUGAUAAUGCAGGUUAAGUAUGCACCAUUAAAUUCUGGCCAAAAAAAAGUCAGAAUAACAGUUCAAAAGAAAUUUGACAUGUUGAAUUGUAAAUAUAUUUUCUUGCUAUAUUAGUAGUUAUUUUAGAAGACAUUCCCCCAGAAUUUGUAAUAUUUUCUUCCAUUGUCAUCCAUGUUGAUGUCUGUGAAAAAAAAUUGUUGUUACUUAUUUUUACCAACAGAUUUUAUUUUCAGUGAAAUCUGUUGAUGAAAUGGCUUGCUUGUUUAUAAUAUUCCCAUACUUAAAAAUCCUAUUGACUUAUCAGUAUGCAAACUUAGGCAAAACAAUCGGUAUUUUUGUAAAGUGGAGUGAAUUUUAUUUGCACCUGUCCAUGUAGAUGGUGGUUUUGUAUGCAAUAAAUCCCAAAAUUUA